ACGAAAGCAGGGCAAGUGAACGACGUCUCUGCUUUGCUCGCCAUUGACUUGACCCCGGCUCAGUCUUCCGGCGAACGAGAUAAGGAGGAGGCGAGAAGGAAAGCCAAAGCCCUCUUCCUUGUUUGCCGUGUCUGAUCCGAGCAGAGCAAGGAGGAAGCCGAGGUUGUGGAAUGGCGAGCGCUUUCCUCUCUUCCAUCCUAUCAAAAACCAGCCAUGUACUGGGCUGUGUUCGCAGAUGGGCAGUCUCUCCGUCUUCAUCAUCGGAUCCACGCAGCAGUGUCUUGGAAGAUCUGAAGGAGCUGGAGAGAACAUUGAGGAGGAUCAAGGCAGUGCUCCAUGACGCGGAGGAGAGGGAGAUACGAGACGAAUCCGUCAAGCUCUGGCUGAAGGAGCUUAAAGAAGUGUCUUAUGAAGCAGACGACAUGCUGGACGAGUACCAGUACGAGGUACUGCGAGCCCAAGUGGAAGGUCGAGCUUCCCGCAAGAGGAAGCGAGUGGAACGGGACGAUCAGGAAGAGGUUUCAAUUCCGGACGGCAUGGGGGAUAGAAUCAGAAAGAUUAGGGAGAGGUUCCAUGAGAUUUCGCAGGAUCGGGAACGCCUCUGUUUAAGAGAGGAAGAUGGAGAGCAACGGGUCCUCGAAGCUCCAUACCCAGCACCAACCAGCCACAUGGUGGAUGAGUCGAGUAUUUAUGGAAGGGAACGCGACAAGCAGGAGGUAAUUGAUUUGCUGUUUUCCGAGGGUGUGGGAAAUGGUGUCUCCGUCAUUCCGAUUGUCGGCAAGGGGGGACUGGGAAAAACCACCAUCGCCCAGCUGGUCUACAACGACUCCAAGGUAAAAGAAUAUUUCGAUCUAACCGGAUGGCUUUGUGUAUCCAAUGAUUUCGAUGUUCCAAGGCUAACAAAGGCCAUCAUUGAGUCUCUUACUCGAAGUUCAUGUGAUCUUACACAACUAAGCACGCUUCAAGAUACUCUCAAGGAAAAGCUGAAGGAUAAGAGAGUGUUGCUCGUGCUCGACGAUGUCUGGAAUGAUCAGCAAAGCCGUUGGGAAUACUUAAGAAACCCCUUCGUUGGAGCAGAAACAGUAAGAAUUAUCAUGACCUGUAGGAAUGAUUCGGUCGCCGAGAUCAUGCAGACAGUGCAUCCUUAUCAUCCUCGCUGCUUGUCUCCAGAGCAGUCUUGGUCAUUAUUCAGGCAUUAUGCAUUUGGCGGUCGGGACCCUGAAGAACAACCACGCUUGGCGGAUAUGGGUAAACAGAUUGUCGAGAAGUGUUCCGGUUUACCAUUGGCUGUGAAGUCAAUAGGAAGCCUUCUGAGAUAUAUGGCAGACGAAAAGAGCUGGAUGGAUGUCAUACAAAGUGAUGUAUGGGAAGUCGACGAGAAUAUUAAUGAGAUUUUGCCAGCUCUUAGAUUAAGCUAUAGUCGCAUGCCAGCACGUCUUAAACCUUGUUUCAUUUAUUGUUCCAUGUUUCCAAAGGAUUAUCAGUUCGACAAAGAUAAAUUAGUCCAAUUCUGGAUGGCGCAAGGUUACAUCCCAUCUGGAGAUAGAAGAAGAAUGGAAGACAUUGGCAAUGAAUAUUUCAUUGACUUGCAAAGAAGAUCGUUCUUUGAUUCCUAUUGGUCUAAGUUUUUUAAGAUGCAUGAUAUGAUACAUGAUCUAGCAAAAUCUAUUGCAGGAAAUGAGUGCUGGGCAAUUGUUGAUAAGAAGCUACCCAGUCUCCCCGAUAAGCUUCGCCAUUUAUAUGUGAGAGAUGAAAAGGAAUUUGGGAAAUCACUGCUUUCGUAUAAUAUUAGCGCCUUACGGACCUUCUUAAUACAGCCUCAGCUUGAAUUUUCAGCAAAAUUAUGGGUUCCGAAAAGAUCUCAAAUAGAAAUUCUAGAAUUAAUCAAGUGUUUGCUGCUACUAAGAUGUUUACGGACUCUAGAAUUUUGUUGGGAAAGGGAAGAUGAGAUCCCAGAGUUACUCGGUAACCAGAAGCACUUGCGCUACUUACGCAUCACAUCCAACAAAAUUGAGAAGCUCCCUGAAUCAAUAUGCCUCCUUUAUCACCUACAGACAUUGGAACUUGAUUGCCCGCAACUUGUAGAGUUACCAGAUAGCCAAGGCAACCUCACCAACCUACGAUACUUACAUAUCACAUCCAACAAAAUUGAGAAGCUCCCUGAAUCAAUAUGCCUCCUUUAUCACCUACAGACAUUGGUACUUGAUUGCCAGCAUCUUUCACAGUUACCAGAUGGCAUAGGCAACCUUACUAACCUCCACCAUCUACAAAUUCCGAAAAGGCAAAUUCUCUGUCUACCAGCUAGGAUUAGAAAACUAACAAAUCUUCGGAGCUUGCUUGGAUGUUAUAAAGUACAAGGUGGGAUAGGAAUACUGAAGGACUUGCUGAACCACCAAACUCUUAUCAUCUCAGGGCUUAGGAACAUGGUCAACAUAGAGGAUGCCAGGGAUGCCAAUCUUAAAUAUAAGCAUAAACUCAACACGAUGGUGCUAGAUUGGAAUGCGGUUGACUGCAACUAUGAUCUGAAUCAUGCAGAGAAAUAUGACAAAUUACUACAUCUAGUAGCUUUUUCAGAGGAAAAUAAGGAUGUCCCAGCCGAUGAAGAAAGGGAGGAAGCCAUGCUCGACUAUCUCCAACCUCACGCCAACCUCAAAAAGUUGGUUAUAAAUGGGUAUGGUGGUUCCAAGUUUCCAGAAUGGGUGGGAGAUCCUUUCUCCUUUGCAUCACUUCAAGACAUCCGUGUAAUCAGUUGUGAAAAAAUAAGCUCCCUUCCUCUAUACAUUCAUGACUCUCUUGGAAAAUUAGAUGCACUCAUACCAAAAUCCACGCUUGAAGGGGUGGUCAUUUCUGGUUGUCGGCAACUCACAUCCAUAGCAGGGCUACAUCGUCUCCACUCACUUACACACCUGCAUGUUCAUGAUUGUCCUCAACUUCAAUUCUUAUCAGAGGAAGGACUGCCAUCUAAUCUUCAAGAUCUGAAUAUUGAGGAGUGCCAGCAGUUGACAUCACUGCCAAGGAUGCAAAACCUUACUUCUCUCGACUGUUUAAAUAUAAGAGUUUGUCCUCAACUCCGGCUUUUAUCAGAGGAAGGAUUGCCAUCCAAUCUUCAACAUCUAUAUAUUAUAGAGUGCCAGCAAUUGACAUCGCUGCCAGGGAUGCAAUACCUUACUUCUCUCGAAAAAUUAAUUAUAAAAGAUUGUCCUCAACUCCAGCUCUUAUCAGAGGAAGAACUGCCAUCCAAUAUUCGAUAUUUACAUAUUGAAGAGUGCCAGCAGUUGAUAUCACUGCCGGGGCUCCAAAAUCUUACUUCUCUUGGUGCAUUAACUAUUAGAAAUUGUCCUCAACUCCGGCUCUUAUUAGAGGAAGGACUAUCAUCCAAUCUUCAAUAUUUGCAAAUUAAGGAGUGCCAACAACUAAGAUCACUGUCGGGAUUGAGUAACUGGGGCCAAAUACAAAAUAUCAACUGCAUUCCCUUCAUCCUAAAUUUGAAGUACUCCAAUUGAUUACUUGAAGUCUUAGACGGAGUGCCAACAACUAAGAUCACUGUCGGGUCGCUUCAGGCAAGAAGCUGAGAUCCGGGUUGAUAGUCACGCUUAUCUGCUCCCAUCCACGCUUAUCUGAUUCUCUUUUCUUCCCAAAA